AUUUUACUGAGCGUUUGCCACCUCUUGUUUUGAAAACAAGACUUGUAACCUUCUAUGUUGUGAAAGGCUGUUUGUUGCAGUAUUAAGUUGCAGUGCUAGUAGUGAAAAUCUAAAAAAAAAUGUUCAUUGAUGAUAAUGUUUGAAGCAAUGAAUCAAACGAAGAAAGUUGCUCGAAAGCUGUUUCCAUCAGAAGAUAUUCCACAAAAUAAUUUUAAGUUUCCACCACCUCCACCGAUACCACUUAUUGUGUCAUCAGUUAAAGAUAAUGAAUCAUCAGAUAGCUAUUCAGAUUCUAAUUCUGUUUCUGGAGAUAUCAACAAACAGAAAACCUACUCAAAUUUAAAAACAAUUUACCAAAAAUGUGUUGACUUAGAUCCUGGCUAUCGCAGCGAUGGCAGCCCUCAAAGACUUCCUCCAAUAGGUGUUUUUUGGGAUAUUGAAAAUUGUCAAAUUCCACAUGGUAAAUCAGCAGUUCUUGUAGUACAAGCUAUUAGAGAGAGAUUUUUUAGUGGAUACCGAGAAGCUGAAUUUGUAGUUGUUUGUGAUGUUAAAAAGGAAAAUCCUACAAUAAUUCAAGAGCUCAAUGAUGCUCAGGUUAAUCUGAUACAUGUUGCUUCUACCAGUAAAAAUGCUGCAGAUGAAAAGUUAAGACAGUCAAUGAGAAGAUUUGCAGAUACUCAUGGUUUCCCAGCAGCUGUUGUUCUUGUAUCUGGAGAUAUUAAUUUUGCUAGUGAUCUGUGCGAUCUAAGACAUAGGAAAAAACUUCAUAUUAUUCUAUUGUACAGUACUGCCUGUUCUUUUCCACUUUUGUUAUGUGCUCAUGAACAUUAUAAUUUUGAUCAGUUUGUUCUCCCUUUGCCACCGAGAUGUGCAACAAAGAGUUGGAAGAACUCACCAAUGGAAGUAAUGAUAUGGAACCUUCCUAAAGGAUUUCCAGUUGGGAAAUUAAAAGAAAAACUCAAAUUUAUGUCAUGUAAUUGUGGUGGGCGAAUAACAUUUAUAUCAGGAUGUAUGGCAGUAGUAAGAUUUCCAUCUUUUGAUUUAGCUGUAAGAGCUUAUAAAAGAAUGAAUGGUGAAAUAAUGUUUGGUAACCAAAUAGGAGUUAGUUAUCCCCAGAGAGCUGGUACACUAAAAAAAGAUACUAAUUGUUUUAAUUCAAAGAGUCACAAUGGAAAUUCACAAUAUGAUAAUGAGAGAAACAGUUUUAAAAGUGAACCAUCUUACAAUUCCCUUUUUGAUGGAAACCAACUUAAGUGCAUCCCCAAACUGUCAGGAGUAGCUAAUUCUUUAGAUAAUCCAGAUGUUGACAGAUCUUGGAUUUGGUCACAACCAAAGUUAAACAGUUCAUUAAUUUCUAAUGGAACUACUCCCAAGAAAACUGAUGAAAAGGCUGACAAGCAUAAAUAUGAAUCAGUUAUGACUGAUACAUAUUUUGAUACAGAUAGUGACAAUACUAAAGAGCUGGAAAAUAAAGGUAGUUUUCCUGUUACUCAAAAUGGCACUACAGAUUUUAAAAAAAUGAAAGAAAAUAUUUCUCAUGAAGGAAACGAAUCUUCUUGGCCUUCUAAAACUAAUGGAGUUUCAAGAAGAUGCCGAACACCUUCUCCCUACUUGAUUAAACCAAAGCCUUUUUCAACUGUUUACAGUCAAGGGAGAAAUUCCAUUCCAGAUAUUAAUGAUAAUGAGAAAUACUUUAAUCCUAUUCAAGCUGCUAACAGUACUCCAAUCGAAUUGCAUAUUUCUAAUCUAGAUCAAAACAUUGAUCCAAUGGAAAUGAAAAAAAUUCUUUUAUCUAUAUUUGGAGAACAUGUGAUGGUACUUCAUGUAUCUGUUUUUGUUCAAUCAGAUGGAAAUUUUGCAGCUAGCAUUAAAGUUCCAACUAUACAAGAUGCACAGUAUGCUAUUUCACAACUUCAUCGCAGAAAAAUAGGUUACAAGAGAAUCGUUAUUUCUUAUGCCCAUUCUACUCAGCCACAUAAUCCUCAGUUUAUUAGGUGGCAGAUUGUAUCAUUAUUACAAGAUGUUCCUGGAUUUAAGUUACCUUUGUUUAAAUUCUUAAAAAUGUUUGAAUCACGUUAUGUGACAACAAUAUCUGUAUCUGACCUGUAUCGCUUGAAGGAUGUCUGUAUAAUAACUGAUGAAUGUGUUGGUAGAAUGGUUUCUCUUAAUCCUGACCAUCGGAAUUCACCAUCACCUAACUUUAGUUCUCCCCAGGAUGUUGAACCUUACUGUAGUAGACAUUAUAAAGUGAAAAGCUGCUUUGGAAAAGGGUGGGCUGAACAAGAAGUUCCACCUCUUCCCAAUAUUUUGGUAUCUCUUCAGGAUUUUUCUACUAAUGUACAUUGUUUAAUUGCUACUCACAAUAAUGCCCUCCCUUUAUCAAGCUUCAUUGUUUGCUAUGAAGCAGAAUGUGGUUUAUUACUCCGAUCAGAAAAUGGUGUAGCUCUUGAACAUUUAGUGACCUGUAUUAACAAAGUUGAGUUGUCAUCUGCCAAUGGUGUGAAAUAUUUAAAACCUGCCCCUAAUCGGAAUUUUCUUGAUGAUAAAAUAGAAGAUGUAAGUAAAUGUGUGAGUCCAUCAUUAGUGAAACAGCUUACAUUUUUCGGACGAGAAUUAGUUGAUCUUCUUAGAACUCAACCUCAUUGUCAAUUAUUGUUUAAUCGCCUGAUACCAGCUUAUCAUCACCACUUUGGUCGCCAGUGCCGAGUAGCUGAUUAUGGGUUUACUAAACUUAUUGAUCUUCUAGAUGCUCUUCCUAACAUUGUACAGGUUAUUGGUGAAGGAAAUAAAAGAAUUGUAACCCUCUCGCAUAGAGCUCAAAUCAAGAGAUUUACAUCAGAUCUCCUUAGAGCUUUAAAAUCCCAGCCAUGUAAAAAACUCACAUUUGAAGAAUUGCCUCUGGUAUUUGAGAGAGUUCUUGGUAAAGGCUUUGAUCCUGUUGAUUAUGGACUUUGUUCAUUGUAUGAUCUUAUAAAUCAAGUUCCUGAAUCAAUAGUUCUUGUUACCAAAGACCAGGAACUCACUAUACUUUCAAUUCCAAAGAGAGAGCAAACUCAAGAAGAAAUAGAACGAACGAAACAGUUUGCAAAAGAGGUUGUUGAAUUAUUAGGGCAUGCACCUCAAUGUUCAAUUCAGUUUCAUCAAUUCAUUCCAGCUUACCAUCACCAUUAUGGCCAUCAGUGCCGGGUGGCUGAUUUUGGCUUUUCAAAACUUAUUGAAUUGUUCGAAGCUAUUCCACACAUUGUUAAGUUAGAAGAUGAUAGUGAAGGGGAGAGGUUAGUAACACUUACACAAAAGCAGAAGCUUCUUGUUGUAGGUGAGCAAAUGUGUGACUUGGUAACUCCCACUUAUCCACCCGGUCUUCCACUGGAGAGUCUUUCUUCAAACUUUUUGUGGCAAUAUGGUUAUGCUUUAAAACCAGAAACUUAUGGAGUUGAAAAUUUGGAAUCAUUAAUUUCAUCUGUUGAUACAGUCAAAUUGGAACAAAAUGAGUAUGGAAAACUUGUGAUUCCAAUGGAGGAAGCUCUCGUAAAACAAAUUAUGGCCCAAGUUAGGAAAUUUCUCAUUCAUUCUGAAGAAGGCAGAAUGCCUUUACAUAAACUGGUUUCCUGUUUUUCUUCAUUUCAUGCCCUCCAUUUAACUCCUGCAAGUCUUAUGAAGAAUUUGCCGGAUGCUAUAGUUAUACUAGUUGAAGGAGGUGUGCAUAUUGUGGAAUUAAGUCCUGUUUAUCAAGUUGGGAGGCGCUUAGUACAAAUACUCAAUGCUCAUGAUGGUCAUAUGAGCCUUAAUGCAUUGGAAGUGGCCUAUGCUCGAGGAGGAGGAAGUUUAGCUGACUAUCCAACCUUAUCUGCAGUCUUGGCUGUUUUACCAGUUAUUGCAACGGUCAAAGGCAAAUCCUUCAAGAGACAUGUUUUACUAAAUAAGGAUCUUGCAAUAAAGAAUGAUCCAACUGUCAAUGGAAAAGCAGUUUGUCGCCCCUGUUCAGCAAGCAGCGUCCUUUCAGGAAGUUCGAAUCUCAAUUCAGAUGAUAAUAAUCACUCAAGUUCAAAAUGGACUGCUCCUGGUUCUGAUCCUGUUGUAAGAUUACCUGAGAUGGAGACUCUGCCAUCGAAUCUAUUAGCAGCAGCAUCUUCAUUAAUUUCACCUUGCAAAGGAUUACUACCGCCUUCUGCCAGACCACCUCAUCCAUCUCAGCUUCCUAUUCCUGUAUAUCUUUCACCUAAACUAGAAAAGUUUGAAGUUGAUAAAAAAGGUAGCUUAUCACCAAAAGAACAAGAAAAGCAAAAAACUCCAAAUACUGCCUUAAAACGAAAAUUGAGGUUGGCAGCUCAGUUUCAAACUCCUAUUGACCUUGACCAGUAACAUCUUUAAACAAGCAACUGCACUAUUUUAUCUUUUUUUAUCAUAUUUGUUUAUUUAAAAUAAUUUUUACUGUUUGAGAUUUUGAUGUUAUGUUUUUGUUUUAUUUUUUUCAUAUUUCAUGUAUUUAUUCAGGGAAAUAAUAAUAUAUAUUGUUUAUAUAAAUAUAUAUAUAUACAUAUCUAUAUAUCAUUGUAUAUAAAGUUAAAACCCUGACUUUUAUUUUAUGAACUCAGUAUAUUCAUUUUCUAGUGGUAUUUGAUAUAAUAUUAGUAAGUUUUAUAUAUUCUUCAUGCAGUAUAUUUUGUAAGUUUGUUGACUAACACCUUCACAUUUGAAAGAAAGAAAUGCAUGUAUGUAACAAAGCUAUCAUUGUUUUUUGUUUAUUUUUGUAUUUUUUAAAUUUUUUAUACUGCAUCAAUUGAGAAAUAAAUGCAUUUAUUUACUUUAACCAAUGUAUAUUAUUAAGUUUUAAACUUUUAUAUGUUAAUAUCACAAUUAUAUUAUUUAAAUUUGGAUGUAUCUAAUAUUCAUUCAAAUAAUUGUUAUUGUUAAUCACUUUAUUUUAUUUAUUUAUGUAAUUUUAACCACUAUAAGCCAUUGGAAUCUGGAUAUUUUUUAUUUAUAUACAUAAAUAGUUAAAGUGUACUAUAGUAGUAUUUACAUAUUUGCAUCAGCUGUCAAAUUUUUAAAAAUAUAUUUUGCUUAGUAUUUAACAAUUGACAAAUUAUGCUAUAUUUUUAUGUAAAUAGAAUAAUUAGUUGUAAAAAAUAAAAUAAAUGAACAAAAAUUGAAGAUCUCACAUUGAUUACUUAUUUCUAUUUUUUCUUUAAAUUGCUUUUAGAGGUUAGGUGCUAUUAUAAUAUUAGUACUUAAUAUCUAUCUGAAUUUCUAAUUGAUAUGUGUGUAUAUGUAUAUAUAAAGAUUAAUUAUAAGUUUUUUUAAAAUUUGUAUUUAUAAUUAAUUUUAAUGUAAAGAUAAAAUUUGUAAACAUGUAAUUCAAACUGUUGUACCUGUGCAAGAAGUGGAAUACUGUUCUGAUAGAGAACAAUCUUCUAGUGGUCCUUUUGUAUUCCAUAGGCCAACCUGAGGUUGAAAUAUAUGUAAUAUAUCACAUAUUAAAUGUAUAAUUUUAACAAAAUAAUCUGGAACCAAAUUAUUUGUAAUUUGGUUGUCACAUUUAAUGUUAUUGAAAAAUGUUUUUAUUGUAAAAAUAACUUAUAAAAAUUAUUAGAUUAAGUGUAAAUUUACAUAUUUUUGAUAAAAUGCAGUUUUGUUUGUACAAUAUUUAAAUACUUUAUUAUUUUAUUAAUAAGUGUUUUUAUCAUUUUAUUGUUUCAUCAGGCUUUUUUUCCCUUAUUUGUGAUUUUGGAGCCUUUUAAAUUUAUAAAAUUUAAAUUAGCUAUAAGCAUCCUGUGAUGCAUACACUGUUUAUAGUUUUUAUUUUUGUGAAAUUGCUUAUCAUUCUAUCAGUAAGUAUUAUUGUUACAGGUUUAUUUC